AAUACUACAUUUAGCGAUCAUGAAAAAAAACUGAGCAAACGACCCCUUCUUGGCAUGAUUUGAGAGGUUAGAGCAUUUUUAAAGACGAAUGCAAAAAAGAGAAAGUAAACUUGCGAAAAAGGAAAGUAAGUGAGAGACUGAGGAGGAGGAUGUCGAGAAUGCCAAGCGCUUUUACUGCUUGCUUCAGCUCAAACGUUAUUUGUGACAAGGGCUUUCUUGGAUUUAUGAGACACGGUACUCCUGCUCUUACUACUACUAGUUUUUGUUCUGUUAAUACAUUGCUUCGAUUGCAUUCACUUUGUCAAUCCCCCACUUGCCCUAACCCUAAUCACAUACCCAAUCAUCUUUCGGAAUUUCAACAAUUACUGUUGGAGAAAUCUAGAGUUGGUUUUGAUAAGCCUGAUGAUGCUCUUCGAGUGUUCGAUAAAAUGCUCCGUAUGAAACCUCUGCCUAGUGUUGUCGACUUUACUCAACUCUUGGCCGCCCUUGUCAAGAUGAAACAUUACUCCGUGGCUGUCUCCGUCUUUUCAAAGAUGUGCUCUUUUAGCAUUCCUGUUAAUAUAAUUACUUAUAGUAUUGUAAUCAACUGUUGUUGCCAUUUGAAACGCGUUGAUUAUGGCUUUACGUUGUUGGCUGCCAUCUUUAAACGUGGUUUUGUCCCGGAUGUUGUUACCUACACAACUCUUCUUAGGGGACUCAUUUCCCAGGACAAGUUUCUCGAGGCUGAGCUUAUGUUCAAGAACCUUCUCAAGUACAAUCAGAUUCAGCCUGAUGCAGCUAUCUUUAACACCAUUAUUAAUGGCCAGUGCAAAACCGGCAACACUUCCCAGGCUAUGAUGUUGCUUAGAUACAUGGAGAAGAAAGGUUGUAUGCCGAACGUAGUAAAUUACAACACUGUUAUUGAUAGUUUGUCCAAAGACAGAUUAGUUGAUGACGCUUUGGGUCUUCUUGCCGAAAUGAGUGACAAAGGCAUUCAACCAGAUGUUGUAACCUAUAGCUCGUUAAUUCAAGGUCUGUGCAACCUUAACCGAUGGGAUGAUAUAACACAAAUGUUAAAUGAUAUGGACAGACACAAAAUUUCUCCAGAUAAGCAUACUUAUAAUAUAUUGAUUGAUGCACAUGCCAGAGAUGGAAAGGUCAAAGAUGCUGAAUAUCUGAUAGAGUUAAUGAUUCGAAGAGGACAAAAUCCUGACAUAGUCACAUAUAGCACGCUAAUGGAUGGAUACUGCUUGAGGGGAGAAUUCGAUAAAGCGUUACUGGUGCUCAGGAUCAUGAGAAAUAAGGGAAUUUUCCCCAAUGCUCAAACCUAUACCAUAUUGAUCAAUGGUUACUGUAAGAAGAUGAAACUAGACACAGCAAUACAUCUCCUAGAAGAAAUGACCCUGAAAGGUUUAACACCUACAGUUGAAACGUACAGUACUCUUUUGGAUGGGUUAUUUCGUGCGCGUAGGCUUAAGGAAGCACAUAACUUUUAUAAAAAUAUGUUAAACAAAGGUGUUAGACUGAAUAUAGUGACAUGCGGGAUCUUGUUGUAUGGACUUUGCUGGAAUGGACUUGUUGCUGAAGCAAUGACCAUGUUUCACAAGAUGGAGUCAUGCGGCUUAGUUCCUGAUAUACACAUUUAUAGUAUUCUGAUUCAUGGAUUUUUCAAGGACGGCAAGGUUGACGAGGCAAGAAACCUUUUUCAUAAUCUUCGUUUGAAGGGUUUAUGGCCUGAUGUCAUAUCAUACAACAUUAUGAUCCAAGGAUUCUGUAAAGAGGGGUUGCUGGAAGAAGCAUAUAAAAUACUUCUGGAAAUGGAAGAAAACAAUUGCUUGCCUGAUGAAGUUACAUACAACACUCUUAUCCGUGGAUGCUUUAAGAAUAAGAUGUAUGAUGGAGCUUGUGUGCUUAUAGAUGAGAUGUGUGCUCAUGGUUUCAAAGCAGAUGCCUCUACCACCUCCAUGCUAUUUGAUUUGUUGCAAUCGAAGGAGCAGGACCCCGCACUCCUUGCUAUGCAGAAGAAGUUCAUGCCUAAUUCUCACCUGUAUUCGGAGUCAUUUUUAAAUGCGUUACCAACAAUAGCAAAAGACAAGCAGCACUCCCUUUUUUUAAAGAAACAACGGAGGAGCAGAGUUUCCAAAAACAAGGGCAAGUGCAAGAUGAAGACGAUGAUGAGAACGAAGAGGGCUUUCACUACUGGCCUCACUUCAAACACUCUUCUUCCACUCCCAAGACUAGGUACGAAUAAUAUUACUACUAGUCCUUGUUGUCGUGUUAUUGCAUUGCUUCGAUUGCAUUCACUUUCUCAAUCCCCCAUUUGCCCUAACCCUAAUCACAUUCCCAAUCAUCUUACAAAACUUCAACAAUUACUGUUGGAGAAAUCUAGAGUUGGUUUUGAUAAGCCUGAUGAUGCUCUUAGAUUGUUUGAUAAAAUGCUCCGUAUGAAACCUCUGCCUAGUGUCAUCAACUUUACUCAACUCUUAACUGCCCUUGUCAAGAUGAAACAUUACUCUGUGGCUGUCUCCGUCUUUUCAAAGAUGUGCUCUUUUAGCAUUCCUGUUAAUAUAGUCACUUAUAGUAUUGUAAUCAACAGUUGUUGCCAUUUGAAACGCGUUGAUUAUGGCUUUGCGCUGCUGGCUGCCAUCUUUAAGCGUGGUUUUGUCCCUACUAUCGUUACCUACACAACUCUUGUUAGGGGACUCAUAUCCCAGGAUAGGUUUCUUGAGGCUGAGCUUAUGUUCAAGAACCUUCUCAAGUACAAUGAGAUUCAGCCCAAUGCAGUUAUUUUUAACACCAUCAUUGACGGCCUCUGCAAAACCGGCAACACUUCCCAGGCUAUGAUGUUGCUUAGAUACAUGGAGAAGAAAGGUUGUAUGCCGAACGUAGUAAAUUAUAGCACUAUUAUUGAUAGUUUGUUCAAAGACAGAUUAGUUGAUGAUGCUUUGAGCCUUCUUGCCGAAAUGAGUGACAAAGGCAUUCAACCAGAUGUUGUAACCUACAGCUCAUUAAUUCAUGGUAUGUGCAACCUCAGUCGGUGGGAUGAUAUUAUCCAAUUGUUCAGAGAUAUGGACAGAUACAGAAUUUCUCCAAAUAAGCAUACUUAUAAUAUAUUGGUUGAUGCACAUGCCAGAGAUGGAAAGGUCAAAGAUGCUCAAGUUUUGAUAGAUUUGAUGAUUCGAAGAGGCCAAAGUCCUGACGUAGUCACAUAUAAUACACUAAUGGAUGGAUACUGCCUGCGGGGAGAAUUGGAUAAAGCGUUAGCAGUGCUCAAAACCAUGACAAGUAAGGGGAUUUUGCCUAACACUCAGACCUAUAAUAUAUUGAUCAAUGGUUAUUGUAAGAAGAUGAAAGUAGACACAGCAAUACAUCUCUUAGAAGAAAUGCCCCUGAAAGGUUUAACACCUACAGUUAAAACAUACAAUACUAUCUUGGACGGGUUAUUUCGUAUGCGUAGGCUAGAUGAAGCCCAUAAGUUUUAUAAAAAGAUGUUAAACCAAGGUGUCAAACUAGAUACAGUGGCAUGCGGGAUCUUGUUGCAUGGACUUUGCUUGAAUGGACUUGUUGGUGAAGCAAUGUCCAUGUUUCGCAAGAUGGAGUCAUGUGGCUUAGUUUCUAACAUACGCAUUUAUAAUGUUCUGAUUCAUGGAUUGUUCAAGGACGGCAAGGUUGACGAGGCAAGAAACCUCUUUCAUAAUCUUCGUUUGAAGGGUUUACGGCCUAAUGACAUAUCUUACAACAUUAUGAUCCAAGGAUUCUGUCAAGAGGGGUUGCUGGAAGAAGCAUAUAAAAUACUUUUGGAAAUGGAAGAAAACAAUUGCUUGCCUACUGAAGUUACAUACAACACUCUUAUACGCGGCUGCUUUAAGAAUAAGAUGUAUGAUGGAGCUUGUGUGCUUAUAGAUGAGAUGUGUGCUCAUGGUUUCAAAGCAGAUGCCUCUACUACCUCCAUGCUAUUCGAUUUGCUGCAAUCGAAGGAGCAGGACCCCGCACUCCUUGCUAUGCAGAAGAAGUUCAUGCCUUGAGUACAUCAAUGAGAGAGUUUAUUAAGGUACAAAAUACUUUUAAAUUGCCAGAACUUCGUUAUAGUUUGUUACAAAAUUUUAAAUCAAUAGCAAUUGUGAUAUUGCAGUUGAUCAAAUAUAUAAUUUUGUUAAAUAUGUACUUGGAAAUGGUGGCCUUGUUGUAUGUGCAUAAUAUUACAAAAUGAGAAGUAUGAUAAAGCAUGCAUUUUUCUUCGACUAUAUGCUAGAAGCUGGGUUCUCAUUUUUACUUUGUUCACUAAAUUAUAUAUAUAUUGCCUAAAUUUGAGUCUGGAAGCCUUACUAGCAAAUGUGUUUAUAAAGUGUCCUGGAAGGACUGCUGCUAUCCCAGAGAUGAAGGGGGACUUGGCCUAAAGAAUAUUCAUAUCUGGAAUGAAGCAGCUGCCAUCUUUCAGUUAUGGCGUAUUAUUGUAAAAGCUGAAUCUUUGUGGGUGCAUUGGAUAUAUCAAUAUGAGCUUAAGAGAAAAGGAUUCUGGACUAUGCAAAUUCCUUCUAAAUGCCCUUGGUCUUGGCGAAAAAUUCUUAACAGCAGAGCUAAAGCUAGCAACUAUAUUCGAUAUAUUCCUGGCACCUCAUCUCAGUUUCUAUUGUGGCAUGACCCUUGGCUUAACAAUUGUCCCCUGAUCACUUUUUUUUAUCAUUCUUUGAUCACGGCUAUGGAGUCUCGAUUCUUAGCUGCUCUGAACACCAUUCAAUCCGAUGGUGCUUGGGUUCUUGGUGUAAGUGAUCACAUUGCUGUUCGUGAAUUGAGAAACCUGUGUGAUAGUAUCACACCCCGUGGUAUCGACAGAAUUGUAUGGGAGGGUGCAUCUAAGGUAUCUGUAUCUAAUAUUUAUGAAUCCCUGUCUGAUCAUACCUCUGGUCCUCCUUGGUUACUGUUUGUCUAGAACAAGUUUCAUAUCCCUAAAUAUGCUUUUACAGCGUGGCUGAUUAUGAAAGAGCGGUUGUGGACCAGGGACCGUAUGUUAUCCUUUUGCAUGAAUAUUGAUCGUGGCUGCCUUCUUUGUACAGGAUUCUUUGAGACUCAUUCUCACUUGUACAGUGUUGCAACAAACCUAUCAAUAUGGACCUUCACCUUCCACUCUUGCAAGUUUAAUAAAUAUCAUCUCAACGUCUUAUUUUUCUUUUGGGCUAGUAACAAGCGCUUGUAAGUUGGCAAAGUACCAGAGUGCCCACCCCCAGGAGCUUCCAUGAUUUAAUCGUCACAAUUUUAUCUUUGACUGAUACAUGGGUUGUGUUCGGCUGCCCAUUAGCAUUUUCAGCUAUGAUCCCGAAUGCCCCUAUACUCCUGCUUCAUCUAUACUUCAUUAGCAACUUCAACAGUUACUUUAUAAGCUAUCGAACUUACUUGAAUCAAGAGAGCAGGAUCCCGGCGCUCCUUAAAUCAGUUUUACUGUUUCUAAAUCGGAUCAGGGUGUUUAUAUAUUACUGGUACUCUUUUUUUUUUUGCAAUCGAUGCAUCAUGCAUAUAUAAAAUGCAUCAGAUUUAACCUCUGUUUCUUUUGUCAUCUUUAAUUGAAUAUUAGUGACCUUGGUCAGAAUCAAAGAGUGUUCCAUUUGCCUGUCCCUCUGUUGUGAUAUGUGUGUGUUUUCUCCAUUACCGUUGAUUUGUUUACAUUUAGUAUUGUAGUAAUGUCAUAAUGAGUUAAUGUGAUAUCCCUGAAAGGUUUAACACCUACUGUUGACGAGGCUAGAAACCUUUUUCAUAGUCUUCCUUUGAAGGGUUUACGCCCUACAGUCAUAUCCUACAACUUUAUGAUCAAAUAAUUGCUGGAAGAAGCAUAUAAAAUGCUUUUGGAAUUGAAAGAAAAUAAUUGCUUGCCUAGUGAAGUUACAUACAACACUCUUAUCUGUGGCUGCUUUAAGAAUAAGAUGUAUGAUGGAAGUUGUGUGCUUAUAGAUGAGACGUG